UCAGCCAGUGAGCAAGUCUACGAAACCUAGACUCUUUGGUAAAUAAAUAGAGCUCGAAAAAAAGAAAAUUGUCUUUUUGACGUGAAUUUUGGCGGGAAAUGCGCGCAGUUGUUUCGUUCGGAAACGCGAAUGUAUAGUGCGGAUUCUGUGUCGCGGGGUUGCUCUGGUUCUACACUGUUCAACAAUCUGGCAUCCUGUAUGGAGAAAUGGUUCGGUGAUAAACGGCUGUGGUUAUUUGGCAACAACCUGCCGCUGCUACCGAGAAGAUCGCGCGCCAGCAGCCGCGCGAUGGAGCGGUACGAGAAGCUGGCCAAGCUCGGGGAAGGCUCCUACGGGCUGGUGUACAAGUGCCGCAACCGGGACACGGGCGAGAUCGUCGCUGUCAAGAAGUUCGUCGAGAACGAGGACGACCCGCUGAUCAGGAAGAUUGCACUGCGGGAGAUACGGAUGCUGAAGAACCUAAAGCAUCCAAACCUGGUGAACCUGAUCGAGGUGUUCCGACGCAAGCGCAAGUUGCAUCUGGUCUUCGAGUACUGCGACCACACGGUUUUGCACGAACUGGAGAAGUACCCUGCUGGUUGUCCAGAGCUGCUCUCGAAGCAAAUCAUCUGGCAGACACUGCAGGGCGUGGCGUACUGCCACCGGCACAACUGCAUCCACCGGGACGUGAAGCCGGAGAACAUCCUGCUCACCAGUGAGGGAGUCGUCAAGCUCUGCGACUUCGGCUUCGCGAGGAUGAUUAGCCCCGGAGAGAGCUAUACAGACUACGUGGCGACGCGAUGGUACCGCGCGCCCGAACUGCUCGUCGGUGACACCAUGUACAGCACGCCCGUCGACGUCUGGGCCAUAGGAUGCGUAUUCGCGGAACUCCUGUCCAGCGAGGCCUUAUGGCCUGGGAAAAGUGACCUGGAUCAGCUAUAUCUGAUAAGGAAGACAUUGGGAGACCUCCUACCUAGGCACAUGACAAUAUUCUCACAAAAUACGUUCUUUCAGGGUAUGGCCUUACCGGAGCCGACGACAAUAGAACCAUUGGAAAAGAAAAUCCCUCAGCGAUAUGCCAAUAACGAACUCAUUAUAGACUUUUUACAGAAAUGCUUAGACAAAGACCCCAUGAUGCGGUGGACAUGCGAGCAGCUGCUGCGGCAUCCCAUAUUCGAAAACUUCCUAUUCACAGUGCCCCAUUCAGACCAUGAAGAAUACGAGAAAGCCCGAAGAGCUCAGGUGCAGUCAUCGCCCCUGCUGCCACAGCUGAUUGUAAACGAGCGGGGCCACGCCACAAAGGGCAAGAAAAGUGAGAUGGACGCGCGUAGCCACCUGCCCACCAUAUGACUAGCGCCCGUCGCGCGCCCGCGCAACUGAUUGUGAUUAAACGCCUUAACUGUUUUA